UCCAUUGUGCCCAAGGCAGGAAAUUAAAGAGGGGCUUGCUUUUUUUGUUUUCACUUUUCACUUUUCAUUUUUCAUUUUAUAUACUUUUCAUUUUUAUACUAAAAAUAUCCAACAUUUUUUAAAGUCGCGCUUCGAUAGCCUAUUAUUGCAUUUGUCAAAACAGCAGUGCUGAAACAAAAGGAAUUGGGACAGUAAACAUGAUGGCCUCAACAAACGAUAUCACCAAGCGGGCAGGGAAAAGCAAAAAACCCAGCACCACAGGCGAGCAUAGCAAAAGAGAGGACAAGAAGCACAACGACUAUGUUCCGGCCUCAUCCAAGCUGUCCAAGUCAACCAUUGUCACCAUAGCUCUCACGCUCAUGGUCUCCAGCAUCACCGCAUGGUCGCUGCUGACCUUGGGGCCGCAGUACCUGGAGCCGCUAUACGGCAACGUUCUGGCACAGCUAGGGUUCCUGCGCGCCCUGCUAGUGGUCAUGGCGGCUGGCGGCGCUCUGGGAGUGCUCUACUGGCGCCGCAUCCUGGCGCGCAAGCAGGGCGAGUCGCUGUCAGUCGACGCCCAAGCGAGACACGCGAUGACCAGGGCCAUAGACCUUGCGGCGAUUAUGCUGGCGCUUGCGCCAGUGCCCACAGAUUACCUGUUGCGCUUUUCAGGACGCUUGGGCCCGAUGUGGGGGCCGAUGGUGACGCAGUGCGCACUGUCCUUCCCGGUGCUUGCGCUGUGCGGAUUCGCCAGUGCCAUUGCCAUUGCGCGCGCUUCACACGGGGCUAGCACGUCGGCGGGCAAGGCAGCGGUGGUGGCGGUGCUUUUGGGCGCGUGUGGCUGGGUCAUAAUGCACAGAGUAUCAUCGGUGCAUUUUCGUUAUGGUGGAAAUGCCCUGUUAAUAACCGCCGUGUUUCUGUCAGCCGCCAACCUUGUUUCCAAGUUCCAGGCGGGGUCCGAGGAGUCCACAAAGGCUUUGCCCAAGCCUGCCGAGGAGCGCGCGCCCGAGGGGGCAAAAUUGGCCCGACCCGCGCAGGCUUGCCUCGGUAGCUGCCUACUGAAAAUGACCGUGGUAGUGCCAACAAUGGUCGUGGUUCUCCUCGCGUUAAUUAUGGUGGUGACCAACCGCCACUGCAAAAUUAACGGCGGUGUCAUCUCCACGACGCCUAAGUACCGCAUGCUGCUGCGCAAGGAGUCGAUAACUGGCUGGAUCACGGUAUCCGAUGAGCACGACCGCGGCAUGCGGGUUUUGCGCAGUGGCCACUCGCUCAUUGGCGGCCAGUGGAGCACCACGCGCGAAUCGAUUUUUGCCAUCUUCUACUACGCCGACGCCGUGCGGAUGAUUCGUGGCGCGCAGCGGGAGAACGAGCAUGCGCUGAUUAUUGGCCUGGGCGCUGGCAUCUCGGCGCGCUCGCUGCACAAGAGAAAAGUGCGCGUGGAUGUCGUUGAAAUCGACCCCGUCGUCCACCACGCUGCCGUUGGCUUCUUUGGCCUGCCGCGCGACCUCAACGCCGUGCACCUGUACGACGCGCGCGCAUUCAUCGAAUCCGCGCCCUUUGGCACAUACGACUACAUCGUCCACGACGUCUUCACCGGCGGCUCCGUGCCUCCGUCCCUGUUCUCACAGGAGGCAGUUGCGCACCUGCACCGCAUCCUGCUUCCCAACGGCGUGCUGGCCAUGAACUACGUCGGCAUUCCCAACGACCACCGCUCCAUGGCGCAUAUCACCGCAACGCUGCGCACGACAUUUGAGUAUGUGCGCUGCUUCAUCGAGCCCAACCCCGCCCGCAAGGACGAUCCGGAGAAAGAUACGAGUGGGAUUUUGUCUAACAUGAUGUUCUUUGCCUCGGACGCGCCGCUGAACUUCCAAAUACCAGCCGUUGAUUCGAGUCCUGGUAGAAAUACUUCUCUUCGCAAAGCUGUCUUGUCGGAGAUGCUGGCCAACGAGAUCAUCUUGCCCAACGAUGCCGUGCGCCCGCUGACCGACGCCUGGAACCCGCUGUCCGAGUGGCAGCUGCCCGGCGCCAUCCAGCACUGGCACGCCAUGCGCUCUAUUUUCCCUGAGGAGUACUGGCUGGACUACUAAACUUUUAUUUUAUUAGAAAGAAAGGGGAAU